AUGUCAUCAAACGCUUCUUGUAUCUUUUGCAAAAUCAUUAAGGGAGAAAUCCCAUCCUUUAAAUUGAUCGAAACUGCCAAGACCUAUUCGUUCUUGGACAUUCAGCCAACAGCCAAAGGUCAUGUAUUGAUUAUUCCUAAACAUCACGGGGCAAAACUCCACAACAUCCCGGAUGAUUAUUUGAGCGACCUUUUGCCCGUUGUCAAGAGAUUGACCCGCGUUUUGAAAUUGGAUGAAAACAACACUCCAGAAGGUGAAGGGUACAAUGUGUUACAAAACAAUGGAAGAAUUGCUCACCAAGUUGUUGAUCAUGUGCAUUUCCACUUAAUUCCUAAGAGGGAUGAUAAAACAGGAUUAAUUGUUGGAUGGCCAGCCGAGGAAACCAAUUUCCCCAAAUUAGAGGAGUACUACAACGAAUUGAAAAAGGAGUUGGAAAAAGAAGAGAGUGAAAAGUUGUAA